AUGCCCAGAGGCCAGCACCUUGCAGAUGACCUGCUGUCGCCGCGGGCCCGCACCCAUUACCAGCUGUCGCCACCGGGCCUGGUACUGAGCGGAUUGCGGCAGCUGGACCAGGGCGGCUACAUCUGCCGCGCCGACUUCAUCCAUUCGCCGUCCAGAGUGGGCGUCACCAACCUCACGCUGAUUGUGCCGCCGGACGUGCCCAAGGUGUACGACAGCGCCGGAACCCGGCUUCUGGACGUGACCCCGCCCGUGGCCGAGGGUCAGCCCCUGACCCUGACCUGCGAGGCCAGCGGAGAAGGCACAGUGGCCAUUCAGGCUGAGUAG